AUGCCCAUCCAACACCUGCACGAGUCACCCCCCACUCUUGUCGUCGAUACCCACUCACGGAUCCGCCUGCGCAUCCUCAGAGAACACGUUAGGAUCCUAGGAGCACAGCCGAGCUUCGCUGAACACGAUCCUACCAAGAACAGAGGCCAUCCCGCCACUAUUGGUAUCACGAAAGUUGCGGCGGAUCCACAUGCAGCGGAUCUGAACAAGUACAACCCUACAGCGUUCUCUCGACUUUUCUCUGCAUUAGCCAGGCUGCUUGAGCUCCCAACGUGGUUGUGCGACGAGCUUGACAGAGGGGCCAUCAGUCUGAUCCAUCCAGUAUACGAGCACGUCUCGCCUUGCGCCCGGUCCUCGCGCCCGACCCCGCUCCGGCCGGACCCAUAUGCCAAUCUGCCAGAUAUCCUCCUCUUUCCGGCGCAGUCUCGUUCUCAGCUUAUGACUGCGUUAGGAAACACGAAGGGUCCUUGA